GCCUGUGGGGAAAAAAACCAGCAAUGUGGCGUUGUGUUUUGCAGGUUUCCCUCAGACCCUGCCAGGUAUGUUUGAUGUGAGACCUUGCAUUGAGUAUAUCUUUAAAAUUCAAGUUUACAUCAAAUCAUUAUUUAGUGAAUAACAGCUGGUGUAGUUUGAAACCGUAAAAGUUUGUAUAUCUGUCAUACAUUGCCAUCUGUCAUUUUGCACGCUGACUUGGGCAUCACUUUUCCAUUGCAUGGAAAUAAUUAAGAAAAUAAUAUCUAUACUUUCUAAAAUUCUUGAUAUGAUUUAGUUUACACAGGUACUAGGCCAUCAUUAAUGUCAUUAUUGCUUCCUUGAAAGGAAGCAAUCUGGAGCAGAGGUACGUGUGUAGUAUUAAUAGUUUGCAGAGGUAGCGGGCCAUCACUUAUGUCUUUAUUCCUUUCAUGGAAGAAAGCAAUCUGGAGCAGGUAUGUUGUAGUAUUAGCUAAUCCAAUCACAAAAAGUAACAAGUGGAAGUGGGUGUGGUUGCAUGAUUCAAAAAUUAAUGGAUUUCUGAUUUUUGUCCUAUUUUAAAAUUGUACACACUGAACAGAAUAAAGUCAAAGUGAUGUCAUAUGAUGUCAAAGGGGUCAUUUUGAUGUCAUUUUAACAUCAUUUUGAUGUAAGAAUGUGGUCAAAAUGAUGUCAAAAUGUCCCCCUUGAAUUUAAAUUACAUCACUUUGACAUUUUUGUGUUCAGUGGGUAGUUUGAAAAUGAGUGAAAAGCUGUCUUCACAUUACAUGUGUCAAAAUGGUUCGACCCCAUCGUGUUUAUCAAACCAUAACAAACUAUGUACUCUGUUUGUUUUCUUUCAAAACAAAAAUAACUUUUUUUUAAAAAAAGACUUUCAUUUUCUAUUUUUUAGGCAACGCAUAUGGCUGAAGAGGUCUUGCAACAAAGAGCUGCUCAAACUCUCUCCACAAAAAUUAACUUCUUGUUUUUUUUGUGGGGACCAUUUUGAGCCGAGUAGCUUUACAAACAAGUACAGGCGACGGCUGCUGAUGUAUGCUUAUCCUACAAUAAAUCCUGAUAAGCCGCAGCUGGAUGAUGCAGAUCUGGAUAGAUUUUAUGCAGGAGUGGUUGAACCUGUUCAACAUCAGGAUCAGGAACUUACUGUUCCAGAGUCGUCAGAGCAAGUUGACGACCCUGCCUCAUCUCCUAGACAGCACCGUAAGUUGGUCUACUCACUCCUAUUUACCCCUAAUGUUUGGAUAUUUUUUUUUCUCUAUUCACUCUUUUUCUUCCAUAAAAAAAUUGCUGGUUUUGCGCUUGGUUCUCUUUCCUUAUUGCGAGUGAAAGCCAGCUGACACCUUAAAAUUCAUAUCUUUCUUGAAAAAUUUACAUUUACCAAGUUUUUAAUAACACAAAAUUUAAUUUGAUGUUGUUUAGCGUUUCGGGAGGGAAGGGGGGGGGGGAAGGGGCAGUUCGGGCUGAGUAGCCACCUUCAUUCGUGGUGGCUUGUGUCCUCGUGGUCCGUGCCUGUGAUACGGGUAGAUAUGUACUGCCUGACCUGUUUGCCGUCCUUCCUCCUGGUGAGGCGCACGACGCCCGUUGAGAGUCAGACGGCCUGACGACGUUCUGGGCGAGUACCUCGCACUUGACGGCCUUCUUCUGCUUGUAGACGUCCAGCCUGCGAGGUUCC